UAAAGGAGGUGGAGAUGGAGGGGCUCAGCUCUCUCUCUCUCUCCUCUGCGGAUACACGUUACUGGAUUCCUCCAAGCGGCUUUCUGCGUGUUUUUACUUAAACACAGACAAAAAAACGGGCGAAUGUCUCGAUCCGAGGCGCAGCUCAGUGUCCGAUCCACCGGCCGUCUCCGUUCCGCCAUUCGUCUCGAAGCCUUAACGUUAUUCUAGCACGGGAGGAGGGAGGGAGGGGGCUUGUUUGCAUAAAAGAGGGACGGCAGUUCACAAUAGCCCCAGCGUUACGCCAUGGGUAUCGGUUAGCCCGCGAGGCUGUUGUGUCUGAUUUUUUUUUCUUGGAGCCUCAUAAUAAACAAGAACAGACCUCCUAUAUUCCUAACCCCUUCGGAAAAAAAAAAAAAACAAACAUGAUCCGGCCUCGAGUGGUCACAAGGUGAUGAAGGCAUGAUGAUGUUUAAAACCGAUUGGGGAUCUGUUCUCUGAGGAGAUGCUGAUGAGAAGUCCAUUGCCAUGCUCACUGACCGCACUCUGCGAGCUUCACAUGUGCUGAGCCUCUGCAUGAUUGUCACAGCCAUGCUGGAACCCGCUGGUCUACAGAUGGAUUGAUGCCUGAAAGCAGUUAUUGGCAACUCUGCCCUUCCUCAAAUUCUGGUGUGCAGGGCGUGCUGAGUUCCAGCUUCCCCCCCGGCCCUGUGCCUCUGGGAUCUUCUGCUUCCCACUUGCCGGAGGGGGACAACCUGAAUCGUUCGCUCGCCCCGAGCACCUCUGUGACGGACCUGUCUUUUCCCGGGCCACCCCCUCCCCCCCCGCCACCCCCAAAACGCCACUGUCGUUCGCUGUCUGUACCGGAGGACCUCUCACGCUGCCGGUACACCUGGCGGCCAAGUGCCUCCAAGGUCUGGACACCAGUGAACCGCCGAUGCCACAGUGGAGGGGGCGCGGGGGGGCCGUGUCCGCUGCGUGCCCCCAGUUCCUCUCUUAAUUCCUCUCUGCAUUCUUCUUCGAGCCCCACUUUCUUCAGCUUGGCCCUUUCCCCUGAUUCCCCGCUGCCAUGGAAUUUUCCGUGGGACCCGAGUGAAGCAGCCGGAGGUGGCGCCUGUUGCUGCUUCUUCCCUUCCGCUUCCUCGUGCUCUUCCUCUCCAUCUCCUCUUCACCCUCCUCCUCCACCGCAGCGACGCUUCUCGCUUUCUCCUGUGCUCAUCCGCGAAGCCGCAGCCCACUUCCUCCCUCCACCCCAAGUGCCCCUGCAGCCUGCAUCCCAUCCUCCGGCCGUGCCCGCCUCGCCGUCCUCCGCAUGCAGCACACCUUCUUCCGUGCGCCGCGCUCUUCCUCCUCAACUUCCACGCUGUCACUCGCAGCCAUGUGACCUCCUUUUGCUCAAGCCUGGUCUGAAGCGUCGCAGGGACCCUGACAGACCAUGCGCACGGCCUGUGCUCGACUUUGCAAAAAUGACACAGACCCGAAGCACAGAUCCUCUCAGCUGUUUGGACCGUGGUAGACUUGCCUGCAGAGGCGACCUCUGCAUGGGCCUUGAGCCUUUUUUCGGGGACUUCAGAGGGUCAUGUUCACCUGCUGAAGGUUUAGGAAGGACGAGUAUUGGACCGCUGAGCGAAAGCGAUGAGGAGGAGGAGGAAGAGGAGGAGAGGGAAGAGGCGGAAUCGUCACGUGAUGGAGGACAGCAAAGUGUUUUCGAGAGGGAUUGUACAGAAUUAGACAUUACUCUCAUUGAGGAGAAUUAAAAAAAAAAUGUGUAAAGGAUGUUUUCCCCCCAACCCUCUGCCCUCGCCCCAUUCUUGCAUUGCCAGCAUCCAACCCAUUUGUUCACCACCUGCUCCACUUGCAGGCCUCUCAGGAACUCUGCUGCUCUCUCACGAGCUGUGCAGGUGUACAAAGUCUCAUCAUUGCAUUAAUGAAGACAUGUUGACUAGUAGCAGUUAUUACAUGUUAAUGCAGUUGGUUAUGGAUGUUGAUCCAAUAUCAUAUUACAUUCCAGAUUCAGUUGCAAAGAAACUCCAGGAUGUGAAUAUUAGACAGCUGGUGGACACUUGCUAUGAAAUGUAGAUGUUCUCUGAAUUAAAAAAAAAAAAAUCACUGAAAGGCAGAAUUUGAGGGGAACUGAGCGUCUUGAGCUUGUUGCUGGUUUUCUUUUUCUUUUCUUUUUUUUUUUCUUUUUUUUGACAUGUUUUCUUAGUAGGAAUAGUCUUUUGUGGAUGAUAGAUAUGAAUAACAGUGUUUUGUUCAGUUUGAAUAUUAAAAAAAAGGUCAACAUGAGAGCUAUACUUUACUCUUUGGGCUUUUCUACUUCCUGAGAAAAGUCCAUCUAAUUCAGCAUAAGCCUUAAGAUGCCUUUUUUCCUUUAUAUAUAUAUAUAAAAAACUCGAAGGAAAUGACGUGUAUCUGUUGUCCUUCCUACUGUUACUUUUUUGCUGUCUUUUUUUAAUCUUUUAACCUGUACAAUGCAUUCCUCUAAAAAAAAUGAAUACAUUGAGUGUAGAUUGAGUUAUGCACUGUAUUUUAGGUGAAAACGGAAGGAAAAAAAACCCCAACCACUGUAUUCUGAAGGCACACUGAAAUGCUGAACACAUUGCAUUGUACAGUAUUUGCUUGAAGCUGAUUGACUGAAGAUGGUACUUUGAAGGGUGAAAGUUUUUUUUUUUUUUUCUGUCUUUUUUUUGUAUGUGUCAUAAGAUUGAAAGCUCUGAUUUCAGUUUAUGCAUAAAUAAAGUUUAUUUGAAAUUAUUUUACAGAGAACAUAAA